AUGGCAAUCCAUCAAAAAGAAUUCUCCACCCCACCACCCCAUCCACCAGUGGGCACACCCAAGGACUCCCCAUCCGCGCUGCCCUGGUACUCGAUCGCGCCAGGGGUAUGGGAAUUCCUACUAAACGGCGAUGGAGAACAUAAAGCUGUACUGCAGUGGUGGGAGCCAAAUACCGUUUCUGCACAGACAGGGCCAAUAACACAUACCUACAUCGAAGAGGUCUGCACUCUGCGCGGCGGGCUGGAAGAUCUUUCGCUCGGACAGUCAUGGGGUAUUGGUGCUUAUGCCUACCGAGAACCUGGGAUGGAGCAUGGACCUUACCGGGCGAUGAAGGAGGGAUGUCUACAGUUCGUUAAGGUGGUGCCGGUGAAGAAGUAG